UCUGUGUCCACUGCAGACCCAAGCCCUCAGCGGUAUGUGGGUUGGCACUACUACCGUCUUCAUGCAGUCCAAUAUAGGUCUAGAACUUAGAGUCGAGCAGUCCAGCAACACAACAAUGGUCUAUCAGGCCACAAGAUGUGGCGGUGCAAGCCACUCCCGCCGUUAUCAAAGCGAGAAUGAAUGUUUGUUGCCGAUUGCGGCCAUUCGGAUCACUGAGCCAAGGUCAAGCCCCGUGGCUUCUGAAACUGGCCAAUCAACUACUAUACGAGGCCGGAAGGAGGAGGUCCCCAGCCGCCAAGAACGGCUCUUGCGCCCACGGGGACCAGUCAAAGGCGAGCACGAGGAUACCGAUAUUUGUCACAUAGUUGAGAACGGUACUGUCACGGGAUUUCAAGUGCAAAGUGAAGGACGAGAGUGCUCAAGCGAAACAAGCUGCCAGUCACCAGGUACUACCGCCAUUGCCACAAUUACCGCAGCCCGCUACCAUCGAUCAUGGUAA